AUGAACAACGUAUGUGAAAUUUGUAAUACAAGUGUUUGUAAGUGUACUCGUUUGCCGAUCUCGAGGAACUCGACUCCUAGAGCUGGACGUAGACUGUUGCGGUGGACGCUGGAGCCAGAAUAUUCUACCAGUCCUUCGCCAUCACCGGAAUCAGUUUUAGCGUUCGAGGAGAGUGAGGGACCGUGUACAUCGACACUUGACGAGUGCGCGAGGAAAACAUCUCCUUUGUUACAAAGCUUACGAAUUAAGACAGGCGAAAUACUUUCGGAAUUUAACGAUUCCGAGACACUCGGCUCAAACGGUUCUCCGAAAGCGAGUGAUUUAUUGACCGAAAACCACAAGGCCAGGAAGGGGAUGGUCUACCACAACUUCUCUUCGAAGCACAGGCUGCUCGCCGCUCAAGCGAAUCUUCCUCAACUUUAACGGAAAGCUUUCCUCCGGAUGCGCCUAAAAUCAUUGAAGGAAUUGAUUCUUCAGAAAGUGUGAAAUUCGGACUGGAAGGGUAAUACAUUGUAUUUUUUCCAGAAGUAUUCACUAAUAUUUACUUUUGGAAUAGCAGAACAUGAUUAUACCAUAUGUAUACGAAGCUGGUGUGAAAUUAUUAAAAUUUACGUUUUGCAAAAUGUCAUUUUUAAUGCCAAAAAAAUU